AUGGCCUUUCAUUCGCUAUUCAACAGAAUACGAAGAGUUUGCGAACAAAAGACAAUAACCGCCAUGGAUGAGGAAGACGCUGCCUUCGAAGACGCGACAGAGGGAACGGCUCUCUCCGGAAUCGCUGAUGCGUUCGAGCAACUCUCCAAAUCGGUGAAGUAUUGCACUAGCGCGUCCAACGACCUUCAGUUGACGCCCUUCUGCGAGGCCUGCUCUCUUGUCUCCGUCCUCUUCGGCUGCCUCGGCAUCGCCUUCAAAUUCGCCGAGUUGGAAUAUUGUUCCAAGGUACGUGAUCUUUCAGAAGCAUCGACCGGAUAUGGCACUUUAAGCAAUCUUCUCAAUACUGAUGUUGCUAAUGACACAGUUAGAACUCCAGGAAGCCUUUCACGUAAUUUACGCAGAAUUAGGCAGGGUCUUGACCUCAUUAGAGCUUUAUUCCUAAACUUUCUAUCUGAAGACUUCUGCACGUUAAAAGAUGCGGCUUCUACUGCAUAUGCACAAGUUUGUGCACCAUACCAUACAUGGGCAGUCAGGACAGCUGUUUCUGCUGGAAUGCAUGCUCUUCCAACAAGGGAACAGCUUCUGCUCAAACUCAAUGAGACUGGUAAGUUUUGUGAUCGUACUACUAGUUUCAGUUAG